CAACUUGAAAAUUAACCCCUCUUGUUCUUGCCAUCUCGGUUCCCCCUCGUGGUUCGUACAUCUUCAUCUCAUCCCCAAAUAAAAUUGGAGUCGUCGCGAGGGUUUCAAACUAAUAGCUCUACUGCUCCCGAUUUCUCUCUUCUGUUCUGAAGCUCUUCACGUCGCAGCCACGGUGGCUGCCUGACCGGUGGGGAAUUGGUGAUCUAGAUCGAUCUUGGUGUUGUAGGUGGUCGUAGAUUGAUCUAUUGUUGCCGGAUCAAGUGUUGUUUCUUUACAUUUAAAGUUUGGGAGAAUUCACGUUUGGAGGUUCUAGUGUUAUCAAGAUGGUUUCGUUUGAGAUGAACGACAGAAAAAAGAUUGGGCUAGGAUUGACAGGAUUUGGCAUAUUUUUCUCUUUUCUGGGAAUUAUUUUCUUCUUCGACAAGGGACUUCUUGCCAUGGGGAAUAUCCUAUUCUUGUCAGGGGUGAUGCUAACAAUUGGUUUGAAAUCCACCAUGCAAUUCUUCAUGAAACGUCAGAACUACAAGGGUACAAUCUCAUUUGGUUCUGGAUUCUUUCUUGUCCUCAUUGGGUGGCCUAUAUUGGGAAUGAUCUUGGAGGCCUAUGGGUUUAUUGUACUUUUCAGUGGCUUCUGGCCUACAUUGGCCGUAUUUCUGCAGAGGAUUCCAAUUAUUGGUUGGGUGUUUCAGCAACCAUUUGUGACAUCGUUCUUUGAUAGGUAUAGGAGCAGACGAGUGCCUGUGUGAUGAUUUGAAUCAAUGGAAAAGCAAAGGACGGAUCGGGGCAAAGGUCACAUUGUAUGAUAGAUUGAUGUAUCUGACCUAGACUCGGUAUCUUUUUGAUUUGAUUCCAGUAGUCACUUGGUUGAAAAUGAUUCUUGAUUGAUCAUAUGACCUUUAUCUGUAUAAUACAUGGUUUCUUUAGUGUUCUUUUUCGCAAAUCAAUCCAUUGAUCCUAAGAACUUAGUUUCUUGGAAA